AUGGUGAACGCUAUUAAUCAUCAUGUGCCUGUUGGCCCUAAUAACACUGAAAGUGUAAUGCCUCCUCAUUAUCUUCAUGAGCUUCCUAAUGAAGAUGAACUUCGUUUGGCUAAAUUAUUUGAAUCGCUCGACAUGGACAAGAACGGUAAAAUCGACAUACAUGAUUUGUCUAUUGCAUUGCAUGAUAAAGAGUAUGCCCAAAAGUUUUUGGAACUGUCUGAUGCUACUAAAAGUGGUUCAAUUACAUUAGCUGAAUUUAUACAUUAUGUUAAAGAACAUGAAAAAUCAUUAAGGCUAAGUUUUUCAAACAUUGACAAAAACAAAGAUGGGAAAAUUGAUCAAUACGAGCUUAUAAGAGCUUUUCAAGAAUUAGGAAUUGAAAUUGACGACGCUGAAGCUAUAAAACUUCUUAAAAGGAUGGAUAAAGAUGGUAGUUUAGAAAUUAGCUUUGAAGAAUGGAGAGAUUUUUUACUUUACUGCCCCUUUACAGACUUGCACGACUUAAUUAAGUAUUGGAGGCAUUCAACUUGUAUAGACAUUGGGGAGGACAUGAAUGUGCCAGAUGAUUUCACCCAAGCUGAGAUGAUAACAGGGAUGUGGUGGCGGCAUCUUGUAUCUGGUGGUGUAGCUGGCGCUGUCUCAAGAACUUUUACUGCGCCUUUAGAUAGGCUUAAAGUAUUUUUACAAGUAUACGGAAAUCAACAUAGCAAUAUAACAACAUGUUUCAAAAGCAUGUUAAAAGAAGGUGGCAAACGAGGCAUGUGGCGUGGAAAUGGUAUUAAUGUACUCAAGAUAGCUCCAGAGUCUGCGUUUAAAUUUAUGGCUUAUGAACAAGCUAAGCGCCUUAUUAGAGGUUCGAGAACUAAAGACUUAACAAUAUUUGAAAGAUUUAUGGCAGGAUCACUUGCAGGAGGUUUUAGUCAAUCAUUAAUUUAUCCCUUAGAAGUUUUAAAAACAAGAUUAGCCAUUAGAAAAAGUAAUCAAUACAAAGGUAUAUUUGAUUGUAUCCAAAAAAUGUAUUACCGUGAAGGUAUACGGAGUUUUUACAGGGGUUAUGUACCCAAUCUUUUAGGUAUACUUCCGUACGCUGGUAUUGACCUUGCAGUUUAUGAGACAUUAAAAAAUAACUAUAUUGCUUCACAUAAUAAUGGUGAAAAACCUGGAAUGCCAUUAUUAUUAGCUUGUGGAACUGUUUCUAGUACUUGUGGCCAAGUGUGUUCAUACCCUUUAGCUCUUGUCCGUACGCGUCUCCAGGCACCUUAUUUAGAAGGUCCCGAUACAAGGACAAUGAUGUCAGUAUUUAGAGAAAUUUGGGUAAAAGAAGGUAUGGUUGGCUUGUAUAGAGGCAUAACUCCAAAUUUUAUGAAAGUAGCACCUGCUGUUAGUAUAAGUUAUGUCGUUUAUGAACGAUGUCGUGAAGCACUUGGGGUUACUAUGUCGUAA